CGCCCUCCGUCCCGGCUUCCGCCGCUGCGGGCGGUGACGUCGCGAAGCCGGUGGAUCGGCGUCGGUGGAGGGCGAGGCCGCCGGCAGCAUGGGCCGCGAGUUCGGGAAGCUGGCGCGGGUGCGGCACGUGAUCUCGUACAGCCUGUCGCCCUUCGAGCAGCGCGCCUUCCCGCACUUCUUCAGCCACGGCGUCCCCAACGUGCUGCGCCGCGCGCGCGCCUCCGCCCUGCGCGUCGUGCCGCCAUUUGUAGCGUUUUAUCUUAUCUACACAUGGGGAAACCAGGAGUUUGAGAAAUCCAAGAGGAAGAAUCUGGCCACCUAUGAAAAUGACAAGUGAGCCACACGUCUGGAUGGCAGUGUCAAGACCUUCUCUGGGAGAGGAGUCUGUGUUGUAGUGUCUUGAAAACAUAAUAAACUUCCUAUGGCCCUA